GUCGGUUUUCAUGACGUUGAUUUUGUUGUCUUAACCCAGUUACUGUAGCCUCAGCCUUGUCUCUGUCUGUGAGAACUAUCAAAUACCUGUUGCAGUUAUGUAGCACACAGAAGGAGGACUUUACCCUGCUGUGACCAGCUAACGUUAGCUCAUGCUACAGCCUGUCUGUUAAACUACUGCGGCGUUUGUCUACCAGCUAGCUAACGUUAGCUAGCCAGCUAGCCAGAGACGCUAGCAAACAGCCUGGUGUGCGAUGUGCUGCUGUUGGUCUCUCUCUCGUCUGAGGCUGGCUAUCUAACUCAGCUGCCGGGCGGCUAACCGAGCUAGCUAGCUGCGUUGUUUUUGUGUGUGUGUGGUGUGAAUCGGAAAACACACCGCUGUCACCUCCUUAUGCUGUUGUCGCUAUCAGGUGUCCGGUUAAGAUGUGGCAAAGUGUCGGGCUCACACUGCUGGUCAUUGUGGCCACACUUGUCUGUGCGCUGCUCUUCAUGCUGUUUGGUUGGUAUGUAGUCUGGCAGCUCUUCCUGUCCAAGUUCAAGUUCCUGCGUGAACUUGUCGGGGACGCCAGCACCCCACAGGCCGAAACACAGCCGUCCGAAACCAAGAGCGAACGUGCAGCGAACGCCCCAACUCGAAGUCGGCCCAGGACCGCACGCCAAAGAGUUGCCUCCUCAGAGAGCACGUCAUAGAUCCUCCUGACAGCCACUGUGCAUCCUUCAUGACCCCUCUCUCACCAUGACGACUCGACAGCCCUCUACAAACGCCACGUGUGAUAGUCUCCCACUGACCCUGUGCUCUACACUACACCAGGACCGUGUGGACACUCAGUAGUCAGCCCUCCUCCUCCUCACCAAGACACUUUAAACUGGCCAGGCAGAUCUCCUGGUUUCAAAGGGAAAAGCCAUUACUGUCCAUUUCUGUGUGUCACCUGUCCGUAUGUUUAAUAUGUACUGAGCAGUGAGUUUGGGGCUCCACUCACGGGCCUCCUGUCAUCCUGCUGUAGUGAUGGCCAGCUUUCAUGAGUGGCCACGCUGCUUCCUGCCACCCACGAGGAGUACGAAGAUGCUCCACACAAAGAGAUGCGUUAAUUCUCUUAAUGUACACGUUUUAAUCUUGUGUUUUUAAACAGAAGUCCUACUGUGAUCAGAGUAGGCAGAUUAAAAAGAAAGAGCUCGUCUGCAUCAUUUCAACAAGAACAACUGAAGAUAAACUGAAACAGUGAUUUGUACAACUGACAAUUUUAUUUUCUUUGACAAAGUGCAAUGAAAGGAAUGUUUGUGCUGUCAUUUUGUUGUUUCUUGCACAGUAUACUCUGUAUAUUAUGGACGUAAGGUGGAAAGUGUCUCACACAGUAGGUAAUGCUCAAAACCUCCAAGAUGAAGAUGACAAAUAACUUCAUUCCACUUGUGUUUUAAAAAUGUGACUUUUUUCUUGCAACUUCUCCUUCCUUUUUUUUUUUUUUUAAAUAGAUUUAUACUUGAAGAGUCAGGAGAAAGUUUCAAGGAACUGUUGGUGUUCAGAAACAGUUAAACACAUUACUAGCUUAUCUUUCGGAGCAAUGUAACAAGGCUUCCUGCUGCCCUCUCCCGUUCCCUGUGCCUCCGUCUGCACCAGUGCCUGUCUAGAUGGCAUCCUCUUUGUCACAUGGCCUCCUUUUUGUACAGCCAGCAGUAGCUUGGUCCCAUCACAGGGUAAAUCAAAGCUGACCUAAUCAAUAUUUAUGUAACAUCCUCCCUCCAGAUACAACUCGUGUAACUCUCGCACCUUUUUAUCAGCAGUGAUUUAUUUUCUUCUUCAGUGGAGCAGUAGCUUCAAAUAAAUAAAUAAUGCCAUAAAUAUAA